AACAAAAAAAAAAAAAACUCAAAAGUCACAGUCGGGAAAGAGUCUCUUUCCUCUUCCAAAAACCCUCCCCUCCUUUUUCCCGCCAACUACCCUUUUUUUCGCUGUGAAAAUCUCUCAUUAGAACGGCCAUGGUUACUUCCAGAGAUGUUCAAGAGAUCGUAUCCAAGCUCUCCUCCGAUAAAGCUAAAGCUCGAGAGGAAGGAAUAAAGUUGUUGAAUAUGUGGUUAGAGGGAGAAAGAUCAAUCGGAUUUUGUAAAUUUUUUGGACAGAAUACUGCAAAACUUAAACCAAAUGAAAUUCCUCAGUCUGAAACAUGGCCAUUUCUUAUUAAAUUGCUUGCACAGUGUGUGUCAUUGGAGAUAUCAACAAGCAAGCGCCGGCCACCUAAGUUAACUUUUGCAAAAACUCUUCGAAUUGUCAUUCAACGUGCAGAAGAUACUAAGUUUUCAGGAAACAUGCUUCCUUUGUUGUCCGUGGUUAAAACACUUUUUAGUCACAUAUGGGAUGUGCUAAACAAUGUUCCAAGCUUUCAAUCAGAAUAUGGGAUUAUAUUACGACAUCUUUUGGUGGUCAGAGACUACCGAUUUCAUAUGAGGAAGCACAUUUACUCCUGUUUUAUCAUUUGCUACAUGGAAAAGGUGGAAACAACCUUGACUGAGAAAAGUAACACUCAAUGUAGUCAGAAAGAGGAAAUCUUUCGCAGCAUUCUAACGCUUCAAGCUCUUCUAGAAAAUCCUCCUGGAGAUUUCCCAGAUAACCUUAGGGAAGACAUUGUGAAGGGGUUUGUUAAGAUAUUUUCUUAUAUAAGAGAUGAGGGAAAAGUUUCACGCAAGCUAAUUGAGUGUAUUAACACAUAUUUGUUGAAGGAUGGUCCAAAUUUGAGCAGUCAAUCCUUAGAGAUCCAUAAUGCAAUACAGCAAUUUGUUUUUCAUUGUUGGCUGAUAACUCAUGAUAAGGGUCUUAAGGAUGCACUUGUUCACUAUGCAAGGUUGCAGCUACAUUUAAUUAGAGGUGUAAAUGAUGGGAGUUUCUUGGUUGAACAACUCUUGGACGUCAUAUGUAAGGAACUAGAUCAAAGCAAUUUAUCUAUUCCUGUUACUUCUUGGAGUGAUGGAGCCAAGGAUGAGAAGUUUGGAACCUUGAGUAGUUCGCAGUACAAUUUGGUGGAGCUUGCGGCACUAGUAUUAUAUCGGGCAUGUGCCAAUAAAAGCAGAGCAACAUCAAAUGAAAAACGAGUUAAAAGGGAGAGUACCGCUGCCCGUCUAAAGGAGGCACUUAUGAAAGGAAAAUGGUUAUGGAAUGUGGCAUUUUGUUAUCUCAUUCAUAACUACUACACUCGCAUUAGUAAGGAUCUUCUUGUCUACUGGUUUGAAGGCAUUUGUUCGAGCUUUGAAAGAAUUUUGAAUGAUGCAAAUAUGGGGCAUGCUUAUGAUGGUUUGCUGUGGACUUUGCGGAGUCUGCAGGAACUUUCUUCUGUAGCACUGCUUUCAGAUGCUCAAGUGGAGAUUUCAUUGAGGUCAUCUUUUUCCUCAAAAGAGUUUGAUUGUGGUUGGCAAUUAAUAUGGAGCCAUCUUAUGCAUGCAUUGCCAACAUUUAGCAAUGUAACCCCUGUAGUUGAUGCUGCUCUGGCGCUCCUUGGAAGCAUUAUUUCAAAUGAUUUAACAAACACAUGUGUUGUGCCCCAUGAUAUAUGGGAUCUUCAGUUAUUCAAAGGAAUGCCGUCAUUGUUUGCUCUGUACUUCAUUGCAUGUUAUUUUUCUCGGAACGGUUCUCAAGGUGACCUUCGAGACAUUUUACAUCUCCGGAAGUAUCUCUUAAGAGCAACUUUGGGCUCUCUCAACUGGAACGAGUCUUCCUUACUAAACGACCGCAUGGUAUUAUUGUUACCAGCAGCUGUUUAUGCUCUUUGUGCUGGUUGUGAGCAUUUUACUCAUUGUUAUGAAGAAAUUCUCCAGUUAAACUCUUUUGUGGAUACUACCGAGGUUGCAGAUGAUUGGAUCAAGAUUGAUGAAUAUGAUCAUGAAAGGCAGCUUGAAAAUUUUGAAUGCUCUGUUGAGGUUCUUGCAAAUAUUGAUUUGGAUUCAAAUGUUCAGAUUUCCCCAUCUCAAUUCCAUCAAAGUGUAUGUCUUCCUCGACAGUUGAGAGAGCCACUUCUGCAUGAAAUGGAGGCCCAUAUUUUGGGUGUUUUAGCAGAUCACAAGGCUGAAAAGAAGCCUCCGUCUGAUGUCUUCAUCAUAUGUGCUUUACUAUCCAAUUUAAUAUAUGGAUUAUAUUUAACAAGGGAAAGAGAAGAAGUUUCGCCAUUUCUCUCAAAAUUGGGCCAUUGUUUGUUAGAACUGUUGAAUUAUGCUGUUAAUGUAAUUGAAAAAAACAAUAAUGACUUAAGAUCUCUUGGAUUUUUGGGCUUUACCUCUGGCUUUAACCAAAAAGGUGCUGUUGUUGCUUCAUUUAGAAGCUUCGUUCUUUGCCCCCUUUUCACCCAAAGGAAAGAUCAAGAUGCUCUGGAUGUUGAACUUUAUGAUGCUGUAAAAAAAUCCUUGGAAAGGCUUCUGAAGGCAUUUGCUAAACUGUAUGAUGAAUAUACUAAAUUCGUAAGUAACCUUCAGUCUGAGAUGCUCUCAUCAGAUUCUUCUGGAUCUGAUUCUUCUGUACAAAUUUCAAACCAUAUGGAUAGCAAUAAAGGUAGGAUCAUGGACAUGGAGUUGGAUGUGAAUGAGGAUGCUAAAGAUGUAGAUAUUCUGACAUCUGGGGGAAAAAUUCCCGCUGCUGGAGCGUUCUCUGCAGUGAAGUGGAAGUUGGGUAUGGUAUCACUAAUGUCAAGUUUCUUCUCAGUCUUGCACAGAAAAACAUGGGAUGUCCUGUUCAACCUCAUGGAGAAAGAACUUGACUUGAAGGUGUACGAGAAUAUUUUGUGGAAUCUUUGUCGACAUCUUCACUCGUUAUCUUCUUCAAAGCUUGCAGAUCUGGUCAAUUUAAUAAAUAACAGGAUCAGAAUGCAAGUUAGUCUGAAGCUUGAUAGUUUUAAUGUUCUAGCUGCAAUUUCUUGUUUGCUUGAUACCCUACUAUCUUUGGACAUCGGAAAGGAUAAAUAUGGUGCCCUAGCUUUGGAAGAAAGAGAAGCUAAACAGUCCUUGACAUAUCUUGGGGAGCUGGUGAACAAAGUUGCGGAAUUUGAUUUUCUUGACUGGUUUGGUCGAGUCAAAUUGAUUGACUGCAUUUGCAAUUUUAUUUUACUCAGUCCCGAGAUUGGUCAGACAAUGAUUGAAAAGCUACUUUUGAUGCUUCAAGAUCCUGAUUAUCGAGUUAGGUUCUUUCUAAGUAGACGAAUUGGUGUUCUAUUCCAGACCUGGGAUGGCCAUGGAGAGCUCUUCCAUGAUAUUUGUUCCAACUUUGGUGUUGAGUUGGUGUUUUACUCAAAAGAAAAACUUGUUACAGCUAGGGAAGUCCUUGCCGCUGGUCCACAACCUUGUCCAAGAGUUGAAACUGUUAUUAUUACCCUUAUGCAACUUGCUUUGCAUAGUGAGAAAAUUGAAUUAGAGGCUGUUUUCAUGAUGUGUGCAGUUUCUGCCAUUGAUCCUAGUCAGAGGGAAUUGGUUACUGCAGCACUCGAUAAUCUAUCAAGAAACCUACAGUAUAUCUCGAGAAUGAUGUACUUGGAAGAACUCAUUGGAUCCAUUCUCUUUUGCUGGGUUGCUUGUGGUGUCAGCAUAGCUGCUCUUGUGGAGAUACGACAACUUUUUGUAUCAGAUGCUGAACCUAGUUAUUUCCUGCCAUAUUGUUUCAAUUGGCUUCUUCCAGCUCUAGUUCUUCAUGAGGACAACUCUAACCUGAAUUGGGUUGCUAAGAUUGCUGGCCAACCUUUGCCUGAUAUGGUUAAAGAUCAUUUUGUGCCAAUUUUUUCAGUUUGUAUGACACUGCAUUGCAGUAAGAGCUCUGGGUGUGAGAAGGGAGCAGUGGUGCUUCGGAAUUCUAUUUUGCAUUUGGCUGAGAUUUCUGAGAAUGAAAGAGAUAAACUCAUCAAGAAAAAUAUGGUGUCUAUCGUCAGCCAUAUACUUUCUCUUGCAUCUUGUGCAUCAGAUCCUAUAAUUCCCUUUUUCUCCAGGGAUAAUGUUGUCUGCGCAAUCCAAACAGUUGUUGAUGGAUUUUUGGAAAUGGAGGAUGGCCAUGCAAGUGUUAGUGUUAUUGAUAAGAUUAACAUUUUUCGCCCUGACAGAGUUUUCAUGUUUAUCAUAGAAAUGCAUUACAAGAUUGCUGCAGCAAUUCAUCACAGGCACAGAUGCCAUCGGUUAGCUGCAGUAGAGGUGCUUAUAAACGUUCUUGGACAUAGAGCUGCUCUGUCAAGUACUUCCAAUUAUCUUUUCAAUUUGAUUGGGCAAUUUAUUGGUUGUCAUGCUUUACAAGAUCAAUGCUGUCGGAUAAUUUCUGCCUUACUCAAAUCUUUUAAAAGUAACCCAUCUAAGGAAAUUGUUGGUGUGCUUGGUGAACAACUCCAGUUUUUGGUGUCUAAGUUGGUGGCAUGCUACAUUCCUCUUGAAGCUGAUGGGCAAUCUUCUGCAUCUGGAUCAUCUCAAGUUUUAUCUUUGCUCCUUGAGCUAACAGUGGAUUCUGAUUCAUUGCUUUAUGAUUAUAUAAGAGAACUGGAACCCUUUCCUGAAAUAGAUAUCUUUGAAGGAAUAAGAAAUUUCCAUCAGGAUUUGUGCCGAGUGUAUUCUCCAAGAGACCACUUAUUAAAGUUUGUGAAGAGAUCUUGCUACCUUCCGCCAAGAUUACUUUCAUGGAGUCUACAAUCACUGCACAAGAAACUACUCGCAGGGGAAACAUUUCAAGAGGGAAAGACUACUGAAGAAUUUGUGGAUGCCACUUAUUGGCAUGGUGACCAGGAAAUUGUCCAUGCAGUUUGGACACUUGUACGCAUGUGUGCCGCAGAUGAUGCAAAUAGGAUUAGAGGAUUGGUGUCUGAUUUUAUAUCCAGGGUUGGCAUUGGAGAUCCACACUCUGUUGUUUUUCGUCUCCCUGGGGACUCUAACCACAUGCAUGUUUGUGGGCCCAUUAGUCAUAAUGGUGUCUCUGAAAUAAAUUUUUCCAUGGAUACUGGCAUAUCUGAAGAGCUUCUAAUUGCACUUUUGAAAGUUUUGAAGAAAUAUCUAAUGGAUGAUUCUGUUAAAAUAGUUGAUAUAACGUCACAAACUCUUCGGGGAAUACUGUCAACUGAAAGGGGUCAAAAAGCUAUGUUGUCCUUCGAUUCUUAUGAAAGAUCUCUUAUUGAGGUUCACUCCAAAGGCAUUAACCUUGAGCUGGUGGAAAAGUUUUUGAUGGAUCUCGAAAAGAAGUUCAGAGUUAUGCCAGCUGAAGACAUUUCUCUGGAGAAGUCUACCACCUGGGUGACACAUGGUAAAACUUUUGAGACGUGGAUAUGUCCUCUUGUAUACUUAUUGAUUGGCUACUGCAAUGAUGUGAUCAUAAGAUUAUGUCAGGAUGUUGCACUGCUGAAAACUGAAGUUGCAGAGCUUCUGUUGCCCAGUGUUGUUGUCAAUUUAGCUUCCAAAAAGGAUAUUGAUGUGGACAUUCAGAAGUUGAUAUCUUGUCAGGUUCAGGAGCAUAUAUUUGUGGCGUCUAAUAAGUUGAUAAAAUCGAUUCAAGUUUGGUUAAAUGCCCUUAAUGAACUUCGGUUGUGUUACGUUCUAGAGAGAUCUUCUUCAGGGCCAUUACGGAGGGAAAGUUCUAAGCAUGCUAAACCCUGUAGUUAUAGCUCAAGAUCCCAUUCCUCCACUUUGAAAACUAGAGAUUCAGCAGCUAGAUUGAGCGCAAUCGCCAUGUCAACAUCUUCAUGGGACAAGGUGUAUUGGCUUUCUAUCAAUUAUCUCAUUGUUGCUAGGUCUGCUAUUAUUUGUGGCUCAUACUUUACGUCCAUGAUGUAUGUGGAGUAUUGGUGUGAAGAACACUUCCAAAGCCUCACCCUUGGGAGCCCUGAUUUUUCAAAUCUUGAGAUGUUACCGCAGCACAUUGAAAUUCUUAUGUCGGCAAUUACUCAAAUCAACGAACCUGACAGCUUAUACGGGGUUAUCCAGUCACAUACACUGACCUCCCAAAUAAUUACCUUCGAGCAUGAAGGAAAUUGGAACAAGGCCCUUGAAUAUUAUGACUUACAAGUGCGAUCUGAAGCCACAGCUUAUGUGGUGGGGGGCAACUCCACAACUUUGUCAUUGGCAGAGACCCAAUCAUUAUCUCAUUCUUCCCUUUCCACAUUAGAAGAUGAGACAAAGAGGAAACCUUAUAAAGGGCUGAUUAGAUCUUUGCAGCAAAUUGGUUGUAGGCAUGUGCUGGAUCUGUAUUGCCAGGGAUUAACUUCUGGGAAGGGUCAGUUUCAGCAGGAUUUAGAGUUCAAGGAAUUGCAGUAUGAGGCUGCUUGGCGUACAGGAAACUGGGAUUUCUCUUUACUUUAUACAGUAGCUAGUUCUCAUUCUUCAGGUCAACAUACUAAAACUCAUCAUUUCAACGAAAAUUUGCAUAGUUGUCUGAGAGCUUUACAGGAGGGAGAUUCUGAUGAAUUUCACAGAAAGUUGAAGGAUUCGAAAGAGGAGCUUGUCUGGUCUGUUUCUCAUGCAAGUGAGGAGAGCACUGAGUUUAUCUACUCAACAAUAAUAAAGUUUCAGAUCCUGUAUCAUCUUGGCAUAGCAUGGGAUAUACGUUGGCCAACAUCUUCAUAUGAAGGAAUAAAACUCCAGAAACAUAAGCAGAAAAUGUUUUCAGUUCCUGUAAUCCCUACAAUGGAUCAGUUGUCGUGGCUGAAUAAGGACUGGAGUUCCAUGUUGAAAAAAUCACAGUUACAUAUGAAUUUGUUAGAGCCAUUUAUUGCAUUUAGACGAGUUCUACUUCAAAUCUUGAAUUGUGACAACUGUACAAUGCAACAUCUUUUGCAGUCUGCAUCCACACUUCGUAAGGGCUCUAGGUUUUCUCAAGCUGCUGCAGCUUUGCAUGAAUUUAAGUUUCUUUGUGGGGGAACUGGAGAACAUGGUUUAACUCCAUAUUGGCUUGGAAGGCUUGAAGAAGCAAAGCUGUUGCGUGCCCAAGGUCAGCAUGAGAUGGCCAUCAGCCUUGGAAAUUAUGUCUUAGAAGCUUAUCAGCUGAAUGAGGAAGCUUCAGAUGUAUAUCGAUUGGUCGGAAAGUGGCUGGCAGAAACUAGAUCUAGCAACUCAAGAACUAUUUUCGAGAAGUAUUUGAAACCUGCAGUGUCACUUGCUGAGAGUCACAAGACUGCCGACAAGAAGUCCGCAGAAAGACAAAGCCAGACUCAUUUCCACCUUGCACAUUAUGCUGAUGCACUGUUCAGAAGUUAUGAGGAAAGACUUAACUCCAAUGAAUGGCAAGCAGCAAUGCGUCUAAGAAAACAUAAGACAAUGGAGCUAGAAGCCCUUAUUAGGCGGCUAAAAGGUUCAACGAAGGGGGAUCAAAUUGACUACUCAGAGAAAAUAAAAGAGUUGCAAAAGCAACUUGCAAUGGACAAGGAAGAAGCACAAAAAUUGCAGGAUGACCGGGACAUUUUUCUCAGCCUAGCUUUGGAGGGAUAUAAACGUUGCUUGGUCAUAGGUGACAAAUACGACGUAAGAGUGGUGUUUCGACUUGUAUCGCUAUGGUUCAGUCCUUCAUCUAGACCAGAUGUCAUUAAUAACAUGCUUAAAACGAUUGGUGAGGUUCAGACUUAUAAAUUUGUACCAUUGGUGUACCAAAUUGCUUCAAGAAUGGGAAGCAUAAAGGAUGGAAUUGGGCCUAAUAAUAUUCAGUUUGCCUUGGUUUCUCUUGUGAAGAAAAUGGCCAUUGAUCAUCCGUACCAUACAAUCUUCCUGCUUCUAGCACUUGCAAAUGGUGAUCGUAUCAAGGACAAACAAGGUAGGAGGAACUCAUUUGUUGUGGAUAGAGAUAAAAAGCUUGCAGCAGAAAAUCUCUUAGGAGAGUUAUCAGCAUAUCAUGGGCCUGUUAUUAUACAGAUGAAACAAAUGGUGGAGAUCUACAUCAAGCUUGCAGAACUUGACACAAGGAGAGAGGACUCUGGUAAAAAGGCAUCACUGCCUAGAGAUAUUCGCAGUGUACGACAGCUGGAACUUGUACCUGUAGUGACAGCCAGCUUUCCAGUUGAUCAUAGUUGUCAAUAUCCUGAAGGCUCUUUCCCACAUUUCAGAGGAUUUGCUGAUUCGGUUAUGGUAAUGAAUGGCAUAAAUGUUCCAAAAAUGGUUGAAUGCCUGGGUUCUGAUGGUCGCAGAUAUAAGCAACUAGCAAAAUCUGGAAACGAUGACCUGCGACAAGAUGCUGUUAUGGAACAAUUUUUUGGACUAGUCAAUACUUUCCUACAGAAUCACCGCGAUACAUGGAAAAGGAGAUUAGUCAUACGUACUUACAAGGUUGUUCCUUUCACUCCAAGUGCUGGUGUUAUUGAAUGGGUUGAUGGCACUCUUCCUCUCGGAGAGUAUCUUACAGGAAGCAACAGAAAUGGAGGUGCACAUGGCUGCUAUGGAAUUGGAGACUGGUCAUUUUUAAAAUGCCGAGCACACAUGUCAAAUGAAAGAGAUAAGCGCAAAGCCUUCCGGGAAGUUUGUGAUAAUUUCAGACCUGUCAUGCAUUACUUUUUUCUAGAAAGAUUUCCGCAACCAGCCGACUGGUUUGAGAAGAGACUAGCUUACACACGAAGUGUGGCAGCUAGUUCAAUGGUGGGUUAUAUUGUUGGCCUUGGAGAUAGACACACUAUGAAUAUUUUAAUUGAUCAAGCCACAGCACAAGUUGUUCACAUUGAUCUUGGUGUUGCUUUUGAACAAGGCUUGAUGCUCAAGACUCCAGAACGGGUUCCAUUCAGGCUGACAAGAGACAUCAUUGAUGGCAUGGGUGUAGCUGGAGUGGAAGGUAUUUUCAGAAGAUGUUGUGAAGAAACUCUCUCAGUAAUGCGGACAAAUAAAGAAGCCCUACUGACCAUUAUUGAGGUUUUCAUCCAUGAUCCUCUUUAUAAGUGGGCUUUAUCACCCCUAAAGGCUUUGCAGCGUCAAAAGGAUAACGAUGAUGAUUUGGAUACAAGCUUGGAAGGUGCCCAAGAUGAGUAUGAAGGUAAUAAGGAUGCUGCACGUGCUCUCCUGCGUGUCAAACAAAAAUUAGAUGGGUAUGAAGAAGGUGAGAUGAGAAGUGUACAUGGACAGGUUCAACAACUAAUUCAAGAUGCCAUUGAUCCUGAGAGAUUGUGUCAGAUGUUUCCGGGAUGGGGAGCUUGGAUGUAAAUCAUAUACCCGUUCCACCCAAUCAUGUUUGUACAGUCGGCUUUCUAUUUGUUAUUAUAAAAAGUGCAUGUUGAGGUUUCAGGGUUGCGCGUUGUGUUGUCUGUAUAGUGAAUUGUAUCGUACAGAAAAUUCCCCUUUUGUCUUUUAUGUGUUUCCUGGUUUGGUGGAUAUGCAGAAGCUGGGGCUUAGCCCACCCGGCAACCCCUAAGUGGGGUGGGUGAACCGUCCGGCUAAGCCCAAGAUGCCAGGUUCAUAGAGGAAAAUUUUUGAAGAUUGGCUUGGAGUAGGGACCAAGAAUAAAUGCAAGGGUUUAUAUUUGUGUACUGA